UUCACAACUUCUGCGUCGCGUUCCUCUGACCUUUCAAAACUGGUUCUUAUUGGCCGGUUGGGCAAAGAUCCUGAGGUGCGCACCACAAAGACCGACAAGGAAUAUGUGAGCUACACGGUCGCAACUACCAACUACCCCCCUCCACCUCCCAACCCAGACGGCACUCGGGAAGAAUCUAAAACCACAUGGCAUCACAUUCUGUCUUUCAAUCCUGGUGCCAAUGCGUACCUUCGUCACCUUGCGAAAGGUUCCCAGGUUUACGUGGAAGCGAACUUCGAGCUGCGUGAGCCUGACUCGUCUGCCGACCCUUCUUCUCCUCAAGGCCAGCGCCAAAUCUUUCUUCGUCACGAAAUGAUCCGAGUCCUCAAAGCUCCCUCUUCACAAAAUGAAGAAAGCUCUUGA